UACUCCAGUCAAGAUGCAGACCUGUCGUCUGCUGUGCAGCCUCCUCUCGGCCUCGAUGAUUCUGAGCGGCAUCCCGGCUUGUGUGGAUGGAUGUGACGUUGGUCAGUCCGUUUGCGGGGCCCACGCUCCUGGGGAUGUUGUUAUAGGCAUAAUGUUGCCGUGUCAUCAGAAAGUGAAGGCCAUACAGGAACGGAUCAGACCUGAAAGCUUCCACUGCUCAGAUUUUGAUCUGCCAUCCUUUCUGAAAUCCUUGGCUACAAUCCAUGAAAUAGAGGAAGUAAAUGCAGCCGGUUUCCUCCCAGGAGUUCGUCUUGGAUACUUGAUGUGCGACACAUGUGCGUAUGCGAGCAAAGCGCUGCAGAAUGUGGAGCACAUGCUUGCUGUCAACAACUCCCUAAAUGUAGAGUGCAACUACACCAACUUCAGGCCCCGAGUCAAGAUUAUCUUAGGAGCACUGUACUCUGAGGAGUCCGUUGCUGUGGCCAGACUGCUGAAUGUGUACAUGGUCCCUCUACUGAGUGGUUCAUCAUCUUCACCAGAACUGAGUGAUAAGCUGCGCUAUCCAGUUUUCCUGCGGACUGUUCCCAGUGAUGUUCAUCAAACCAAAGCACUGGCCAAAAUUAUGAGUCACUAUCGCUGGAACUGGGUUGGGGUCGUGUAUGGGGACGAUGAAUACGGCAAAGCAGCUUUCCAGAGCUUCCUCAGGGAUGCCGAGGCGAAUGAGGUGUGUUUGGCCUACCAGGAGGUGCUGCCUCAUUACCUCGAUAAUUCCAACAGUAAGCAACGUAUCAAGCAGGUCGCUCAGCAGAUCCGUUCCUCCAGUGCCAAAGUGGUACUGCUGAUCCUCAAGGCAGAGCUGGUGGAGAUCCUCUUUAAAGAAAUGAUCAGGACCAACACAUCAAGGAUCUGGAUUGCCAGUGAUGUCUGGUCCAGAAGCUGGCCCCUUACCCAGAUGGAUGACAUUAACAAUGUUGGGGACAUCUUGGGUUUCACCUUUGUCACAGGCAAGAGUGAAUCAUUUGAAAAUUAUCUGAAGAACCUUACAGUAACGCCAGGAGGAUACAACCACUUCAUUGAAGAAUACAAGAACCUGAGAUUCAACUGUUCUGCUGAAUGUUUGGCAGACAAACCUCCUGCCUAUUGCCCCUCACCUGAUCUGCUGAAGAUAAAAUCUGACGAUGCAUGCAAAUUCAAGGAUCCCCAAGAGCAAAAUGAUGAUUAUCUUGGGACAGCUGUGGACACAAGUGACACCUACACUAAUAGAAUUGCGGUGUGGGCCGUGGCACAUGCUCUCAAAAAGCUACUAAAGUGCAACAGUACCUCAUGCUCUGGAGAAAUUAACUUCCCACCAUGGAUGCUUCUCAAAGAAUUGAAGGAAGUGAAGUUCAAGUUUGACAACCAGAACUUCUACUUUGACAAAAAUGGUGACUUUGUAAAUGGGUAUGAUCUGAUCACAUGGGAAAAGCAUGGACGCCACAGAACAUUUAAAAGAAUCGGGCAAUACCACGUCUUUGACGAACAAAUAGAACUUGAUGUGGAAAAUUUGACCUGGCUUUCAACGGGCAGUGCCAUGACACCUCAGUCUAGAUGCUCGGACAGCUGCUCCCCUGGCUCGGUAAAGAAGAUCUUGAAUGUGUCCUGCUGUUACAUCUGCACCCAGUGUGCUGAGGGAACCUACUCCGAUGGGAUAGAUUUUAAUGACUGCAAAAAUUGUUCCAAUGGAACUUGGUCUCUGAAGGGUUCGGAUCACUGCGAGCCAAGAGAGGAAUCCUACCUGCGAUGGGACGAAGCCCAUCCCAUCACCAUGAUGGCAGCUUCAGCCUUUGGCAUUUUGCUUUUGCUGGUUACAUUCAUUAUCUUUUUGGUGUACAGAGAUUCUCCACCUAUGAAAAGAGCCGAGGUGAGAUUGUCCUGUGUGAUGAUGGCUGGUCUGGCAGUGAGCUUCACAAGUGUGCUAUGUUUCAUGGGCAAGCCUAAUGUACACCUCUGCCGGGCCCGUCAGGUCCUGUACGCCAUGGGCUUCACCUUGUGUGUGUCCUGCAUCCUAGUCAAGGCCUAUCGUACCUUCCUGGUUUUCCUUCCGUUCGGUCAGAUAACAAAGAGGCGACUACACAAACUUUACAAACCACCUGCAGUUGUCAUUGUAAUAACCAGUCUCCAGGGGCUCAUCUGUCUUCUCUGGCUGAUCUUUGAUUCUCCUGAUGUCGAUGACACACCCCCAUCCCCCCAAAGCAUGAAAUACACUAUCCAGUGUCGUGAAGGUCGCACAUACAUAGGUUUUGGCAUCAUGUUAAGCUACAUAGCUCUUCUAGCACUGAUUGGCUUCCUCUUGGCCUUCAAAGGCCGGAAGGUUCCUCAAGAGUUCAGUGAGACAGGCUACAUCAUUUUUAGCAUGCUGAUGUACCUGUUUGUAUGGGUGUGUUUUGUCCCAGUCUAUAUUACCAACAAUGAAGAGCGCACUCCUGUGCAGGCUUCAGCCAUUCUAGUAUCCAGUUAUGGCAUCAUCUUCUGCCAUUUUUUACCCAAGUGCCAUGAAGCACUUUGGGGGUCAAAGACUGAUACGCUGGAGGGGAUUCUGAGGAGAUGGAGAUUGCGAUUCCACCAAAGUCCGAAUCCUGAUUCAGAGACGGGCACCGAGACAGGCACCGAGACAGGCACAGAGACGCACGUAGAUGUCCCUGAUGUAAGCGCGUCCUCACAAAAGAGUGUCAGGUUUUCAAUAUCAAGCAUGUCAACUAUAUUAUGGAGCUCGGGGACAUUAAACGAGAUCAGCCCUACUGAUCCAGAGCCAGUCAUAAUGCCUGCACCCAGUGAACAGGGUCGUGACUAUCCCCUGUUUAAGAGGCUAGGAACAACAGUUACAAGGAGAAGGAGGAGUGUAUCCUUCUAGAAAUGGUUUGAUUUAUGCUACCAUUUUCCCUUUUUAAAGCCAGUCUUCAUUAAGAUAUUUGGUGCUGGAAAUCCAUGUAAAGUUAAAAUGUGUGUUCUACUGAAAACUGUUCUAUUCUUCAUUAUACAGAAGACCAAAGAUGACUCAUUUGUAUUAUUAUAAAACUACAAGUGCUAAUAAAGCUUUUUAAGAACUUGUUGUAAGUGAUUUAUAUCAUAUGUAUGAACUUUUUUUUUUUUUUUUUAAACCUGGUAAACUGAAUUUGGUCUCAAAGGUGUCAAGGUGAUGAGAAGUGACACAGAAAAAACUGUUUUUGCUUCAGGUACUAGUGAGAUAAUGAAAUACGAUCCAUGAAGUCCAGUUGGAACAACAGAUUAAUGCAUUUACAGGCUUAAAGGUGUUCUCACAAACAAACACACAGAGAAAAGCAGACGAUUUGGAGCCCUCUUACUGCAAGGCAGCAGUGCUAACCACUGCAGUAAUGUGCCACCCUAAAUAAAACUCAGCCAUCUUUUAUUUUACUAUAUGAAUUUGUGCUUUUCCUGUUUGAUUGCAUGCCAGAGGCAUUUACCCAUGACACAGGAAGGAAUUAUUUGUGCCCUCAAGAAGUGGCCUAUAUGUGAGUGUGGAAUGAUAAUGUUUGAUCAUCAGAGUCAUGUUUGUCUUGUGUUUGGUGGAGUGAGUGAAAGGAGUGUUGACCCAUAAUGAUA